GAAGUGAAUAGGUACCUACCAACAAUAAUUGCUAGCCUAGAAUAUAGCAUGGGCCUUUGGAACUUUCUACAUAUCCAUACAUACCUAGUACCUAGCUGCCUGCUGUCUUAGGUGCCUCUAUAGCUGCAGCACUACUAACACAAGACAAAAGGGGGAGUGAGGGGGGAGCCUUGGUGUAACUUAGUCAGGACUUACCUAGUACCUAUCUGGUAACAACCUUGGAAGUAAUAUUUACCGCCAACUCGUAGCCUCCUCCCUUGAUGCGCAUAUCUACCUCUCACUUUGCUUCUCCCUUAUAUGUUGUAUUCUUCACAUAUUCAUCAUAGCUUUCAUCAAAUUCUCCGAUCGCUUAGUACUCUAAUUACCUUAGUCAACGCACUACACGAUGGCACCAACUGUAUAUGAUCAUAUUAUUGUGGGAGGCGGCCUUGUGGGCUGCGUCGUCGCAAGCCGCAUAAAGCAGUAUAAGCCUGAUGCUACAGUCUUAGUCAUUGAAGCAGGCUCAGAUACACGUGGCAGAACGGAUAUUCUGCAGCCACAAACUCUUAACUUGGGAGGAGAGCUCGACUGGCAGUUUCAGACCGAGCCGAUGCCCACCGCCUUCAACCGCACACUUGUCUACAACCAGGGCAAAGCACUUGGUGGCGGCUCUUGCAUCAACUCGGGUGGUUGGAUCCGUGGUAAUGCCACCGAAUUUGAUGAGUGGGCAGAAUCAGUCGGCGAUGAGCGUUGGAGCUACAAAGGCCAGCUGCCCUACUUUAAGAAGUGUGAGCGUUGGUUCAACAGCAAGAACCCGGAGCAGCACGGCACCGACGGUCCCAUUCACAUCUCUUCCGUCUCGUCAACCGGCCGCAAAUUCCCCUUGGGCCAGGCCAUUGCUGACGCCUGGGAAGAGAUAGGCGUGCAUGCACUACCGGAUCUCGAUCAGAACACCGGCAACAAUAUUGGCCGCGCAGAAGUCUGCGAGGGCAGGCGUGAGGGCAAGAGGCAGUGGUCUGCCUCGGCUUACUCGUUGGAAGGUGUUGACAUCCUGACCGACACCCUUGCAAAGAGGGUAGUACUGAAACGUGAUGGGACCACCGAAACCCCCAAGGCCACGGGGGUCGAGGUGGUUGAUGGCACGGUAUAUUCAGGUAAAAACAUCAUUGUCUCCGCGGGGGCCUUCAAGACACCCCAGCUCCUCAUGCUCUCGGGGGUCGGUCCGUCCGCCCACCUGAAGGAUGUAGGAAUCGAACCCUUGGUCGAUCUACCCGAAGUCGGACAGGGGCUUCAUGAUCAUAUGUCACUUUUCCAGCACUGGCGCCUGCGCGAGUCCAACGCGGGCUACGUUCUGGGAUCAGCCAACCCGCUCUUCCAACAGCCAGAGUUCGCCCUCGGAGUGCCGUUGGACUGGCUGGCCUGUGCAGACGUCGACAAGAAGGGUCUUGCUGAGGCUAUCCAAAAGGAUGUGGGCAGCGCAAGCGAUGCUGCGAAGCACCCGCUCGUUACCACGCCACGUGCGAUGCUGGAAAUGUUCGUCAUGCACAUGAAAUUGCCCUUCCCGGGUAUUGCCAUGGAUGCCGACCAUGUAACUUCUGAUGUCGCAACAUUCCUCCCCACAUCGAGGGGCACCAUCACUCUACGAUCCGCCGAUGCUAAAGAUCCACCCAAGAUCAACCUAAACUAUCUCGCGACCGAGGCAGACAAGUACGUAUACCGCGAAGGGCUACGGAAAAUCACGAAACUCAUGCUGGCAACCGAGUUCGGCAAGAAGUACAUCGCCGGCGAGUCGGUGCCAGAGGGCUUUGGGCUCGAGCCCCUUUCGCUGGACGACAGCGACGAGAAGUUGGACAAGAGGGCUGCGCUCACGGGCGCGAUGACGUGGCAUCCGGCAGGGUCUUGCGCCAUGGGCAAGGUGCUGGACAGCGAGUUGCGAGUCCGCGGCGUAGAUGGUCUCAGGGUCGCCGAUGCCUCGGUGUUCCCCGUGCCGUUGAGCGCCCAUUUACAAGCGCCCCUAUAUGCUCUGGCUGAGCAAGCGGCGGCUAUCUUCGCGGGAGUGGCGUAAGAUAGUGUAGUCAGCCAUUGGUGAUAGUUAUAUAGGAAUAAUUAACAUCUAUGAACCCUUGA